CUGGAAUGCUGUAUGUGUGUAUAUACAUACACACAUACACACAUACAUAUAUACAUACGCACACACAGUACAUUCCAAGUUUACGUCACCGGCUGCGAAAUUGGCGUGUAUAAAUUUGGUGCAAUUAGGUGCAAGAUAAUUGCGAAUUCUCUAUAAAAUGCAUAUGUUGUAAAACAAACUGCAUUGUUGGAAUAUCAACGCAAGCCAAGAAAAGGCUUAGAUCGGCCAGUAAAAUCGACAGUAGAGUUUACAUUAGACCACACAUAUUGCUCUCCCGUCAUGAAGGUAGUCAGCUUGGUUCACCUUGUUACUGACACUCUGUCAACUAAUGGAGAUGUUUAACUAAAUCGUAUUUUGUUUGUACUAACGCAUGGCCACUGGAAACAAAGAAAAUAGCAAUUAUAGAACUACAAACACAGCCUCUAUAAUUAAAGAGAACAUACACGCUUACCUCCUUAUUGAGGACAAUUGUACACCAACACCAUCGGACAUAACGGAGAGCCAGCGAAAAUUGCCCCCACAUCCAUAACCAUAUCGCUUUCCCCCC